UAUCGCUGUAGAUGUGCGGUGAUCCAGAGUUCCAGACCAGACCGAGUCCGUGAACGUGUGCGCUAGCUUAGCGUUACCAAGAACCCGACGCCCCGAGAAACGCGCAUUUUCGGACGGGUCGAUUGAUCGUAAACUUUCGCGUAACCCUUAUUGUCCUCCUAAACGUAAUCGCGUUCGGGUUUAAAACUGAAGGUCAAGGUGGAGGCCGUUAUUUGAUGUUAAAGGCUGUAGAUCUUGUGUCAUACAGCGAGAGAGAGAGGCUCCUGCCAUACAAGAUGGAGUGCCAGUGGAAACCCGACGAACAGGGACUACAGCAGAUCUUACAACUACUCAAGGAAUCACAGUCCCCCGACACAUCCACACAACGUUCCGUCCAACAAAAACUUGAGCAGCUCAAUCAAUAUCCAGACUUCAACAACUACUUGAUAUUUGUGCUCACAAAACUAAAGACCGAAGAUGAGCCCACUCGCUCUCUCAGCGGUCUCAUUCUGAAGAACAACGUUAGAGCCCAUUACCAGAACUUCCCGAACGGCGUCUCUGACUUCAUCAAAAAUGAGUGCCUGCAGAACAUUGGAGACUCCUCACCGCUCAUUAGAGCCACAGUGGGCAUUUUGAUCACAACUAUAGCCUCUAAAGGAGAGUUACAGAACUGGCCAGAACUUCUACCCAAACUCUGUUUACUGCUGGACUCGGAGGACUAUAACACUUGUGAAGGUGCUUUCGGAGCUCUGCAAAAGAUCUGCGAGGACUCUGCUGAGAUCCUAGACAGUGACAUGUUGGACCGCCCACUCAAUGUGAUGAUCCCAAAAUUCUUGCAGUUCUUUAAGCACAGUAGCCCCAAGAUCAGGUCACAUGCAAUUGCCUGUGUGAACCAGUUCAUCAUCAGCAGAACACAGGCCUUAAUGCUGCACAUAGAUCCUUUUAUUGAGAACCUGUUUGCAUUGGCAGGCGAUGAGGAGCCUGAAGUGAGGAAGAACGUGUGCAGAGCUUUAGUCAUGCUUUUAGAAGUUCGACUUGACCGUCUGCUUCCUCACAUGCACAACAUAAUUGAGUACAUGUUACAAAGGACGCAGGACCAGGAUGAAAAUGUCGCUCUGGAGGCUUGUGAGUUCUGGCUCACACUUGCUGAGCAACCGGUGUGUAAAGAGGUUCUGUGUGGACACCUGCCUAAGUUGAUACCAGUGCUUGUCAAUGGAAUGAAAUACUCUGAGAUUGACAUAAUCCUUCUAAAGGGUGAUGUUGAAGAAGAUGAAGCAAUCCCAGACAAUGAGCAGGACAUUCGCCCGAGGUUCCAUCGCUCGCGCACUGUUGCCCAGCAACAUGAGGGUGGAGACUCCAUUGAAGAAGAGGAGGAGGAUGACGAUGAUUUAGAUGAUGAUGAAACCAUCUCUGACUGGAAUCUAAGAAAAUGUUCCGCAGCUGCACUGGAUGUCCUGGCAAAUGUUUUCAGGGAUGAUUUGUUGUUGCAUAUUCUUCCUCUGCUGAAAGAACUGUUGUUCCAUCCAGAGUGGCUUGUUAAAGAGUCGGGCAUACUAGUGCUUGGAGCAGUUGCUGAAGGCUGUAUGCAGGGAAUGAUUCCCUACCUGCCAGAGUUGAUUCCUCAUUUGGUACUCUGUCUCUCUGAUAAGAAGGCUCUGGUUCGAUCCAUCACCUGCUGGACUCUGAGUCGGUACACGCACUGGGUGGUUAGCCAGCCUCCGGACACCUACCUCAAACCUCUCAUGACUGAACUGCUCAAGCGCAUUCUGGACAGCAACAAGCGUGUCCAAGAGGCCGCCUGCAGUGCCUUUGCAACCCUGGAGGAGGAGGCGUGCACUGAGCUGGUGCCGUAUCUCGCUUACAUUUUGGACACGUUAGUGUUUGCUUUCGGUAAAUACCAGCACAAGAACCUGCUCAUCCUCUACGAUGCCAUUGGGACUCUGGCUGACUCUGUGGGCCAUCAUCUCAAUAAACCAGAAUAUAUUCAGAUGCUGAUGCCUCCAUUGAUUCAGAAGUGGAAUCAGCUAAAAGACGAAGACAAAGACCUCUUUCCCUUACUAGAGUGUCUCUCAUCUGUGGCCACUGCUCUUCAAAGCGGCUUUCUGCCAUACUGUGAACCUGUCUAUCAACGCUGUGUCAACCUGGUCCAGAAAACACUCGCCCAGGCUGUGCUUCAUCAGAAUCAGCCUGAGUUCUGUGAAGCUCCUGAUAAAGAUUUCAUGAUCGUGGCUCUGGAUCUGCUCAGCGGAUUAGCAGAGGGGCUCGGUGAAAACAUAGAGCAGCUGGUUGCCCGUAGCAACAUUCUCACUCUUAUGUACCAGUGCAUGCAGGAUAAAAUGCCAGAGGUUCGGCAGAGUUCCUUUGCUCUGUUGGGAGAUUUGACCAAAGCCUCUUUCCAGCAUGUGAAGCCCUGCAUUGCUAAUUUUAUGCCUGUCUUGGGCACCAACCUGAACCCAGAAUUGAUAUCAGUGUGCAACAACGCAACAUGGGCCAUUGGAGAAAUAUCUAUUCAGAUGGGUUCUGAGAUGCAGCCGUAUGUCCCAAUGGUUCUUCAACAGCUGGUGGAGAUUAUUAACAGACCCAACACACCUAAGACUCUGCUGGAAAAUACAGCAAUAACAAUUGGUCGUCUUGGUUACGUUUGUCCUCAAGAGGUGGCACCCAUGCUACAGCAGUUUAUAAGACCCUGGUGCACUUCUCUUCGCAAUAUAAGAGACAAUGAAGAAAAAGACUCCGCCUUCCGUGGCAUCUGCACCAUGAUCACGGUCAACCCUGGUGGUGUGGUGCAGGACUUUAUAUUUUUCUGUGAUGCUGUGGCAUCCUGGGUGAACCCAAAAGACGAUCUUCGAGAAAUGUUUUAUAAGAUCUUGCAUGGGUUUAAGAACCAGGUUGGAGAUGAGAAUUGGAGACGCUUUUCUGACCAGUUUCCCCUUCCACUCAAAGAGAGACUUGCAGCACUCUACGGGGUGUAGAUGUAACCAGGUUAAAGAGCUUAUUACAAUGGGAGGAUGGGAACCUCUAAUACCCAGGGCAUAUGUUGCCCUUUACCUGGGGGGAAGAAGGGUAGUCUAGCAGGGGUGGGAACCAAACAGCCCACUAGACCCCUCUGGACGGGGUGGGAGGGAAGCGUUAGCUGCGGCGCUAGUCGAAGAAACCACGCCAAGCCAAACCAAAACAGGGAAGAAAGCUUUUUCGUCUUGUCAUAACAAUCAGCCAUAAGGGUGAAAACAAAAAUGUUGUUAGCAUUCAUUCACUAGGACGCUCAACGGGACAUCCAAGGGUUUAAAAAAACAAUGACACGAUGAUUUGUGUAAACUCUCUAGGUCCUUUGGAGCACACUGGAAGGUGCCUGGAGAAAAUGCAGAGUGGUUUUGUUUAUUUUCUGGAUUGUACUAUAAAGAGGGUUUAGAUGGGUGGGUGGGGCGUAAAUCUAAACUGGAUGCUAAGUCCUACGCAUGGGGUGACUGCAUGAACGUGUGCAGACAGUGUUUUUGUGUGCCAGCUAUGCACAGCAGUAGACCGCAAACAUUUAAGACACUCUGUCAAACAGGUAACAACUUCAUAAUGUAUCCGUAAAGAUUUAAGUCCUCUCAUGUCACUGUAAGGGGUUUCAUCUGAGUUUUAGACUGGCAGUGCAAUGCAAAGAUAAAAGAAGAGAAAUCCGAACGACUGCAAUUUUAUUUUAUUUUUGACUUGUUAUAUUAAGUUAGCAUGUGUAAAGCGAGAGGGAAGACUACAUAGUAGCACAACACAGUGAAGAUGUUUAAAGAGUUGUUCUGCUCCAUCGCUCUGUACAAGGCUUAUGUUUUCCUACAAUAUCUUUCGUUUAAGUGAAUGAGUCUCAUUCAAUGAUUUCCUGUGUGGUUUGACAUAAACUGUCAGUGAAUGCUGAACACACAUUUUGUUCAUUUUUGGACAUCAUUGUCUUUUCUUUCUUAGUUUGCUCAGAGCAUGAUUUUGAAGGUGCUUGUAAUGUCGGUUUUGACUGACUGGGUUAAUCUGGAUAUUUAGUUGUUUUUUGUGCAUGUUGGUGGCCCGAUGAGCAAUCUAUUUUUCUAGCCCCCCCGAUAUAGACUAGUUUCAGUAAUAAUGCACUUUUCCACACAUACACAAUAGGUGAUGUUUUUUCCAUCCAUAUAUUACUUCUAUCAGUUUCUGUCCAGUUUUCCAUCCAUAUAAAAAACAACUUUCAUUGUGUGUUCAAAAAUGUGAACUUUUUCUUAUUGUAUGUGUGGAAACUUUAUUUGCCUUUUGAGAUGAUCAUGUUCAAUUUCAAACAAAGGAUGUAAGCAGAUGUGUGUUUUAUCAUUUUAGAUCUGAACACCAUGGGAUACUGGCAUGUGUUUGCGUGUGUCUGUCUUGUGUUUGUGUGUUUCUGCAAGACGUUUUUGUCACAUUCCAGCUGUUAUACAUGAAGAACAGAUUAGAGAGGUCCGAAAUCCUUCUGACAUUGUUAAAAAAAAUAAGAACAGAGCAGAAGAUAAGAACAGAAAUAAGAUGUAGGCAGAUAUUAUGAAUGUGUUAAAUGUGUUGUCUUACACUUGAUUGCUGCUAUGUGUUGUUUAUUCCUACUUGAAUAUUUUGUGUUGUAAUGUAGAGACCUCAGGAGGUAUGUUUACUGUUUUUUAUUUUUUUAUUUGCCGUUUUAAUUUCUUUUAUUUAUGCCUUUACCCCCAGUCUCCCAUUUAUUCAUAACAUUAAUAAUAAUAAUAGAGCAAAUCACUGUAAUUGGUUCAGCUGCUGGUGAUAUCCAGGCAUAUUUUUGUCACCUUGUAAAGGAAUGUUUUUUUUGGAGAGGUGUAGUAUCAGAUCCAGUAGAGACUCAAAUACAAGAAAUGACUUACUUAAUAGUGUUGCAAUGCACAGAUUCACAUAGGCAUAACAUGGAAGAAAUUGGCCCUUAUGUAUGUGAACACUUACUGAACAUAUUUAAAUGCAGUAUAUACUGUAUGCCUUGAAGUUGGGGGUGGGGUAUCCGUAUAUUCAUGACACUUGCACAGUAAAGAAUUGUUUUGUUUUCCCCACCCCAGAAUGCACCAACUACUGUACAGUUCUCUGUGUGGAAUUAAGGAAUAAUAACAAUAACGAAGUUAACCUUUGCUCAAAAGCUCCCUUUUUUUUUAUCCGAGAACAAUUUAAUUUAUAGUGAACUUUUAUUUUAUAAUCUGAAAUUGAAAAUAUACAUGAAAAUAGAGAAAGUGAUCAUUUUUAGGGGCCACCAAAUAUUUUGGAUCAUGCAAAGAAUAUAUAUUGUAUUGUAAAAAUUUUGUAAUGAUAUUUGUAUGACAUUGUUCUGGACGUGAGUUUGUUUCACUGCUUGGAUCUGUACAUUGAUAAGAAUAAACCCUUUUCAAA